UAGCUUUCAUUUCCUUCUUACUUCUUCUCUGCUUACAAAAAUAUUGACUCUGGUCCAACUCGUGAUUUGUGAAUGAGCUGCAGUCCUCUGACACUUAACCGCCUUCUCAGAACUAUCUUUAUUCGAUUUACGCUUCACAGAUUUAGGGGAAGAAAAACUUCCAAAUCCCAUUUCGACCUCUCACUGAAACUCUUUCUGUUGAGAGGUCAGUGAGAGAGAGAGAGAAGCAGAGUGACAGGAGGAGAAGGGGAGAGAUCAAGAAUUCACAGAUGUUGCCUGCCCCUGCUGCAAAUUAGUCGAGAUGAGAGGAGCAAUUGGUACCUCGCCUAGUCCGAUUGAGGCGAGACACAGACUAUCCGGGACAACUGAUGACACAAAUAAGAGAAGGUCUAUAAGAAAUAAGGAUUUUAAAGACAUUGAGAAGCCCUUCCACAUUCCUGUCCAAGAUUGGAGUUUGAACUGCAAGUUUUUAUCUUUGAAACUUCUCCUUGUUCUCAUUAUAUGUGGCACUUUUUUAACUCUCCUCCUCUCUCCGGCAAUAUAUAGUGUUGAUCAUCUGUCAAACUCUGGUUCUCGGCCAAGUAUUGUAGACAGGUGGAUGUGGGAGAGGCCCAUUGCAGAUCCACGUUAUGUAUCGCAUAUACAUGCUAACUGGAACCAGAUCUCAAAAACCAUUGGGAAACUAGCUGGCAAAAAAGAUCUUCAAGGAAUAGGCCUAUUAAACUUCAAUGACAGUGAGGUAGAUCAUUGGAAGCAACUUCUACUACGCGCUGAGCAUUUUGUUGUGAACCUGGAUUAUAUUGGGAAGAAUGUCACUUGGGAGACCUUAUACCCAGAAUGGAUUGAUGAGGAAGAGGAAUCAGAAGUUCCUGUUUGUCCAUCUCUACCUGAACCCAAGGUUCCCAAAAAUCCACGGCUUGAUCUCAUUGCUGUCAAGCUUCCCUGCCGCAAGUCUAGUAACUGGUCGAGAGAUGUUGCUCGGUUGCAUUUGCAGCUUGCAGCCGCAAGGCUUGCUGUCUCUGCUAAAGCCUACCAUCCUGUAUAUGUGCUCUUUGUGACUGACUGCUUCCCAAUCCCAAACCUCUUCAGCUGCAAGGAGCUUGUGGUACGUGAAGGGAAUGCAUGGCUAUAUAAGCCUAAUUGGGGUACAUUGAGACAGAAGCUCCAGCUCCCUGUUGGGUCAUGCGAACUUGCGGUUCCACUCAAGGCCAAAGAGCGGGUUUACACAGGAACAAUGCACCGGGAAGCAUAUGCAACAAUCUUGCAUUCAGCUCAUGUAUAUGUAUGUGGUGCCAUUACCGCAGCCCAGAGCAUUCGCAUGGUUGGUUCAACCAGGGACUUGGUGAUACUUGUUGAUGAGACAAUCAGUGACUAUCACAGAGGGGGCCUUGAGGCGGCAGGCUGGAAGAUCCGGACAAUCCAGAGGAUCAGGAAUCCAAAAGCAGAACCUGAAGCCUACAAUGAGUGGAAUUACAGCAAGUUCCGUCUCUGGCAGCUGACAGACUAUGACAAGAUUAUCUUCAUUGAUGCAGACCUGCUUAUACUAAGGAACAUCGAUUUCUUAUUUGGGAUGCCAGAGAUUACUGCAAUUGGAAACAAUGCUACCCUGUUCAACUCUGGUGUGAUGGUCAUUGAGCCAUCAAAUUGCACAUUCAAUCUGCUGAUGGAUCACAUCAAUGAGAUUGAGUCCUAUAAUGGCGGGGAUCAAGGGUACCUAAAUGAAAUCUUUACAUGGUGGCACCGCAUCCCGAAACACAUGAACUUCUUGAAGCAUUUCUGGAUAGGCGAUGAGGAGGAGAAGAAACAGAUGAAGACCCAUCUUUUUGGGGCUGAUCCCCCAAUCCUGUAUGUCCUCCAUUAUCUGGGUCUUAAGCCAUGGCUAUGUUUUCGGGACUAUGACUGCAACUGGAAUGUGGACAUACUACAGGAAUUUGCAACUGAUGUUGCACACAAGCGGUGGUGGAAGGUGCACGAUGCAAUGCCAGAGAACUUGCAGAAAUUUUGCUUGCUGAGGUCCAAGCAGAAGGCAGGAUUGGAGUGGGACCGGAGGCAAGCUGAGAAGAGGAACUUCAGUGAUGGGCAUUGGAAGAUUAAGAUACAGGAUCCCCGUCUAAAAACAUGCUUUGAGGAUUUUUGCUUCUGGGAGAGUAUGCUAUGGCACUGGGGUGAGAAAAACUGGACAGACAAUGCAACUGUCACCCCAACAACUCCUGCAGUAACCAAAGCAUCCCUCCCUAGUAAGUCUCUGUAAACUAUACCAAGUUUUUGGCUUUUUAGGGUGUUGCAGAGUCUCAUGUCCUCAAUUUUUUUUUUGAUGGAAGUCUCAUGUCUUCAAUUUGAUCAGC